ACACACGCACAGCCCGGGGUCCAGCCCAGCCCUCCCCCAGGUCUCCUCCUGCAGCCGCCAGGGAAACCUUGCACACAGAGACAGACACACUGGGAGACUCGCACGCACUGGGCCCAGUCAGCCCUCCCGUGGGUCUCCUCCUCUUGGGGCUGCCCGGGAAAGCUGCAUACCCGCACACCCCGAGGCAGGGUCCAGCCCGACCCCCUCCCCGCUUCCUCUCCCCUUUCCUGGUCUCCUGCUGCUGCUACUGCCGUCGCCGCCGCCGCUGGGGGAGGAUUCAUGUCCCUCCAGCAUCAUGCAGCCGCCGCCGAGGAAGGUGAAAGUUACACAGGAACUGAAAAAUAUUCAGGUUGAACAGAUGACAAAACUUCAGGCCAAACAUCAGGCAGAAUGUGAUUUACUUGAAGAUAUGAGGACAUUCAGUCAGAAGAAGGCUGCAAUUGAGAGAGAAUAUGCACAGGGCAUCCAGAAAUUGGCUAGUCAGUACCUGAAGAAAGAUUGGCCUGGAAUAAAAGCUGACGAUCGGAAUGAUUACAGGAGCAUGUAUCCUGUUUGGAAAUCAUUUUUAGAGGGAACUAUGCAGGUGGCCCAAUCCCGAAUCAAUAUCUGCGAAAACUAUAAAAACCUUAUUUCAGAACCUGCCAGGACAGUGAGAAACUUAAAGGAACAACAGCUAAAAAGGUGUGUGGACCAGUUGACAAAGAUCCAAACCGAGUUACAAGAGACAGUGAAAGAUUUAGCUAAAGGCAAAAAGAAGUACUUUGAGACAGAACAGAUGGCUCACGCAGUCCGAGAAAAAGCCGACAUUGAGGCCAAGUCCAAACUUAGUCUUUUCCAGUCAAGAAUCAGUUUACAAAAGGCAAGUGUAAAGUUAAAAGCCCGGCGGUCAGAGUAUAAUUCCAAAGCUACACAUGCCAGGAAUGACUAUCUUCUCACGUUAGCUGCUGCUAAUGCACACCAGGAUCGUUAUUAUCAAACCGAUUUAGUGAACAUUAUGAAGGCCCUUGACGGGAAUGUAUAUGAUCACCUGAAGGAUUAUUUAAUAGCAUUCAGCAGGACUGAGCUAGAGACAUGCCAAGCUAUACAGAAUACAUUCCAGUUUUUAUUGGAAACCUCAAGUAGGGUGGUGCGGGAUUACAAUCUUCAGCUGUUUUUACAAGAGAAUUCUGUGUUUCAUAAACCACCACCUUUCCAGUUCCAUCCCAGUGACAGUGAUACCAGCCGACAGUUGGAAUCUGAAACAGGCACCACAGAGGAACACAGCUUAAACAAGGAGGCCCGGAAGUGGGCUACGAGGGUGGCCCGAGAGCACAAAAACAUCAUCCACAACCAGCGGGCCCUGGAAGAGUUAGAAUGUCAUGGUGUUGCUAUAUCAGAACAAAACCGAGCAGAACUGGAACAGAAGAUAGAUGAAGCCAGAGAAAGUAUUCGUAAGGCAGAGAUAAUUAAGCUGAAAGCUGAAGCACGUCUAGACCUCCUGAAACAGAUUGGGGUUUCUGUAGAUACGUGGCUGAAGAGUGCGAUGAACCAGGUGAUGGAGGAGUUGGAGAAUGAACGCUGGGCCAGCCUUCCUGCAGUGGCCAAUAAUGGCUCCCUGCACCUGCUUAAUGUGGAUACAGAAAGAGAAGAAGGGGAAGAAUUUGAGGACAACAUGGAUGUGUUUGAUGAUAGCAGUUCCAGUCCAUCGGGCACCCUGCGAAACUAUCCACUGACCUGCAAAGUUGUCUAUUCAUACAAGGCAUCUCAGCCAGACGAGCUGACGAUUGAGGAGCAUGAGGUGUUAGAAGUGAUUGAAGAUGGAGAUAUGGAAGACUGGGUAAAGGCCCGAAACAAGGUUGGCCAGGUGGGUUACGUGCCCGAGAAGUACCUGCAGUUUCCUACAUCCAACAGCCUCCUGAGCAUGCUGCAGUCCCUUGCUGCACUAGACAGCCGCUCUCACACGUCGAGCAAUUCAACCGAGGCAGAACUUGUUUCUGGGAGCCUCAAUGGAGAUUCCAGUGUCUGUUUUGUUAAAGCACUUUAUGACUAUGAAGGCCAGACAGAUGAUGAGCUAUCCUUUCCUGAGGGAGCAAUCAUCCGCAUAUUGAACAAGGAGAACCAAGAUGAUGAUGGUUUCUGGGAAGGAGAGUUCAAUGGACACAUUGGCGUUUUCCCAUCGGUGCUAGUGGAAGAACUUUCAGCCUCAGAAAAUGGUGAUACUCAAUGGGUGAGAGAGAUUCAGAUCUCUCCCUCCCCCAAGCCGCACAAUUCUCUGCCUCCACUGCCGUUAUAUGACCAGCCGCCCAGCAGCCCUUCCCCCAGCCCCGACAAGAGGAACUCGAGGUACUUCCCCAGGUCUCCAUCCAUGAAUGAAAACAGCUUCGGCUCCGAUUCUCCCGGGUUCUCUCAGCCCCCGAGACACACACCAGAGGCCUCCUACGGCAAACUGCGACCUGUACGGGCUGCGCCCCCCCCUCCCACUCAGAGCCACCGCCGGCCCACAGACAAGAUGGAGGAUGUGGAGAUCACGCUGGUGUGACGCCGGGUGCCCCACGAUCACGGCCAGCCAGUCCAGUUUGGCCAGGCUCAUUUUUUGAGGCACCUUUGCAUGAAGAUGACUCUUAUUAAGGAGCAGGAACAAGGGAGGAGGUUGUGUGCAGCAGCAGCCUGCCCUUUUCCUCCCCUCGGUCAUGAAGAUUCUGUGCCUUUGCUCGUUUUCUGUGAGUCAUCUCUCCUUCCAGAGCACAAGCCCAGAGUGGCAAAUGGCCCUGGCCAGGCAGGCAUACCUGCAACUUGGGGCAAGCUCUUGGCCACUUGUGUGGCCUGAUCCCAGCCCCCUCCUGUCACAUGUGUUAGUACAGUAUAUUACUGUGGCCAUAGGAAUGUGUUAUAGACUUGCCCAGACCCUGAGCACCAUCACCCAUGUGAUGAGUGGUGAAAACAAAUCAGGUUCUCCAGCCUCAGAAGAGGGGCAGAAGCACAGGGCUUGGGGUGGAAGAGCCGGCUUCUCAUCACAGUCCCUGCCACCUUCACAGGACAGGCCACGCUGCCAGCCCCAAGAGGCCUCGGUGCCCUUGGUGUUCCUCUUCCUGCUACUUGUCCAGUAGUCACAGCCUGCCCUUCCCACCCCCACCCCCAGCUGGGGACGGGGGCAGCACAUUUCAGAGCAGUUCCUCACAUCAAGGAGAAAGGCCUCAUCUCCAUAGGAAAGCCCACCUGGCUGACCUGCUCAUGUAUCAGAGAACCCACCCUGACCCGUCAUCACUAUGGACCUCCCAGAAGCUGCAUCCCAGCCACAACUCAGCCUUGUCAUUGGGUAACCUGGGAGAGGUCAGAGUUCAGGGGACUAAGGGUUAUUUUCUAGUUGGCUCAUCAGCCCAGCUGAUGGAAACCGAGCAACUGGUUCACAGCGGUUUGGCCCCACCGUGGCCUGAGGCAGCAGCAUGAGCCUUCUGCCUCCGUCAGCGUCCAGAAAAGUUUUACCAGGGCCUUGAAGUCCAAGGGAAGAAAGGAGACAUUGCCAUUUGGCCUCAGUUCAGGGCUUGGCACAAAUUCAAACUCAUGAUGCAGUGGAGAAUCGAACUCCCCAUUACAGGGAGAGAGAUUGUGGCUUCACUGGCAAUAUUGAUGAGAUCUAAAGUUUCUGGGGAGAAGCAGCUCCCAGGUAUUUAAGGAAAACUAUUUUUGUCUGCAUGAUUGGGUAGGAAGAUUUUCUGCCUAAACCAGAAGAUAGAAAAUUGAUGAAUUAGCUUAAAAGGGCUGUUUUGAGAGGUUGCUUUGCUUCUACUGUUUUGUUUUUAAAGAAAUUAAUAUUACAUUUAGAUGACAUUAUCUGAACUUUGCACACAUUACUUCAAAGAGUCUGACCUCAGAAAAAGAUCUCUGAAGCAGAGAGUGCUUCCCAGGCCCCCGGACCAAAAGUCCAGGCUCAUCCAGGGAAACGUUUCCUGGAUUGCUUCAUUUCAUCAGUAACAAGGACUGUGGAUGAAUCUCUUCUGUAUUUUUUGUUUGUUUGCGCCUCUUAACCUGUUGAUCUGUUUGAGGUCUUUUUAUGUGUUUAUCAAACUUAUUCUUAAGUUUAAAAAAAAGUGUUUUUUAAGAUUUAAAAGUUUGCAGAAAUGUUAAAAGCAUCACGAUGCCGAAGUCAAGUAAGUAUCACUCUGCUGUUCUUCUCCUCUUCCUCCAGCCAGUCUGUCUGUCUGUCUGUCUGUGCCCGCAAAUCAAGGUUCUCCAAAUUGAGAGUGUUAUUGGAAAUCUCUUUAGUUAUAUUUUAAAUAUUUUCUGUAAGAGCUGCUAAUUUUAUUUAAAACAAAAAGUUGUAAAAAUGCCUCCUUUUUAACUAUGACUUGUUCGUACAGGGCACGUAAUCCAUGUAUCCCACUGUACAGUGUCAGUACACUGAGAACACCUGUGCAAGGGCUUCCUCUGUACUGGCUGUAAAAAGUUUGUAUUUAUUAUGUAUAAAAUGUUGAAUAAUAAAAAAAAAGUGGAAUUAAG